AUGUCGAUCCAACAGCUUUCCAAAUUUCUAAACGAUCAGAAUGAACUUCGUCGUCAAGCUCGAGGCUGUUUCCGUGCAGUAUUCUUACAAUACGAUUAUUCUGAAUCGCAACAAGUCUUCAAGGAUAAAUUUCCUUCAAGUAAUUUCUCUGCGCUCGGUGGUCUAAAAGAUUGGGAAUGGUUCAUCGAUGAAAAAAGCAAACCAAACAUCCGACCGAGCUAUUAUAACCCGAGAUUGCACAUUCCAAUGGGCCCUGUCCCAAGUCCUGCAACAAGACUCGAGCAAAACGAGACGGGUAUGCCAAACGCGGUGUUGGGGCUUCUUUAUACUCUAUCAUUCGAAGAAUUGGAUGCACUAGCACAAGAGCAAUGCUUAGAAGACAGACAACAGUUUUACAUUCCUGUUCUAAUUCAAUCAAGGUCAAUUAACGGUUUUGAUAAAAAGAUGAUUGUGGCGACCAUUUUCGUGGACAUGGCCACCACUAGAGGUGGUUCUGUUGAUUUAACAAAUGAGUCAACGAACUUAAAAUGGGUUACGGCGAUCAAACGCAUGGGACUAAUAGGAAUGUCGAAUUGGUAUGUCAAAAGUAUCGAGGCGAAACUUAGAGGAUGGGAUAAGAGGGUUGAGCCUCUUCUUGUUCGUCUCAAUCCAAAUCCUACCAUUGAUCCACGGACAGCCCAAAGACAGGCAGCUAUCAUCUCGGAUGCAAGGCUCAAGCAGCAGCAACAACAGCAACAGCAAGAAGAUCAACAAGGGCGACAAAAGCAGAAGAAAGUACCAACAGAUCCUGAACCAUGGAAUGAUAUCAUCCGAGGCCAUGCAAAGCUUAACGAAUCACAAAAGACUGCUAUGGUCGACACCUAUUUACGCAAACAACAAAAAGCAAUUUAUGCAAAAAACAAAGCUGAGAAGAAACGACUCGAGGAAGCUUCUCAAGUUUCUGCUCCAAGGAUUGGAAUGCCAGGACAACAAGGAAUUGUCAAAGCCACAGGACAGCAAACAAACCCACGUGAAGAGGCUAUCCUCAACGAUAUCCUCCGAAAGCAAAAAGAUGCAGUACGAGAGCAAGAUUCUAGAGGAAGUUCUAGAAUGCCGCCACCACCACAACCAGUUCGCAGAUACUCACAAAGUAGUCCAGGAAAAGGUCAAGCACAAGUACAAUCACAAGUACAAAAUGGAAAUACCAGGCCUCCACCACAACUCAACUAUCCUCAAAAUCCUAAUAAUCUCAAACGACAAGCUUCGAAUUCAAUUUCUAAUGCUAUUGGCGCCCCAGAUGCUAAACGACGGAAUACGGGAAAUACGGGUAGUAAAGCGGGAGAUUUACAGGACUCUAACAGAAAUAAUGGAGACUUGAAAGAUACAGCUUCAAAUCUAAACACAAAGAACAAUCCAAAUGUUUCUGAGGAAGCCAAACCUAAGACAAGAGGGCGACCUAGGAAGAGUCGGGCUAAGGUACCGCCCACUGCCGAUUUGAGUAAUCUGAAUCAAGGUGGACAGAAUAGCCAAGUUGUAGGAACUAGUAUGGGCUCAGGUAGAAAGGUACGCGCGAAUGUCAAUGCGAAGGGUAAUGCGAAUGCGAUAUCUGGAAGUCAAGCGCAAGCUGCUCCUGGAAAUUUAAGUCAAGCAGCGAAUGGCAAUGGAAUCGGUAACGCGUAUUCGAGUGGAAAUCUCAAUGCGUCGAACAGAUCACAAGCUCUUCCGCACGUGGAACAAGCAGCGAAGAUGGUGGAUUAUUUCCAGCCAAAAGCGAACGGGGAGAAUGCGGGAGAUGGAAGGUUGCAGUAG